CAGUUCCCGCGGCAGAGGCAGCGGCGGCGGUCGGUGGAGCCGUGCGUGCAGUGCCGGGCGUUGGCUGCGGGCGCCGCUGUUCACCGUGGAGGAGAGGAAGGAGCCGAGCGCUGCAGGCAGCCCCGCCCGCUGCGGCCCGGCUCGCUCGCUCGCUCUGUCUCUGUGUCGCCGUCCGGGCGGGCUGCGAGUGUCCCCGCGGAGCGGAGCGGUGCUGCAGCGAGGCGGAGGGGCGGCGGGUGAGGUCGGCAGCGGACGCCGAGACGGAGCCGGAGAAGAAGCGGAAAGAGAGAAGAGGAAGCAGAGAUCGGAGGGGGAGCGGCGCGGCAGCGGCGAGCGUGAGGUGUCGGUGGGGCCGUGCGGGAGAUGUGCUUGGCGAGAGAAGGGCGCUGGGGCCGGAGGCAGCGGGCGCUGCUGUGCUGCGUGUUGUUGGCGGCGUGGGAGGCGGCGUGGGGGCAGCUGCGCUACUCGGUGCCCGAGGAGCUGCCCAAGGCCUCGUUCGUGGGCGACGUGGCCAAGGACCUGGCGUUGGAGUUGGCGGCGCUGGGCGCCCGCGGCGCCCGAGUGGUGUCCCAAGGCAGGGCGCAGUAUUUCGCUCUGCAUGCGAGCAGCGGCCACUUGGUGACGGCCGAGAGGAUCGACAGGGAGCAGCUGUGCGAGAGCGAAUCCGAAUGCGUGCUGCGCUGUGAGCUGAUCGUGGAGGGCGAGAUGAAGGUUUAUGCAAUCGAAGUGGAAAUCACGGAUAUUAACGACAAUGCGCCCAGCUUCCGAGAGGGAGUAAUUGAACUGAAAAUGAAUGAGGUGACAGCACCGGGGUCACGAUUACUUGUGCCCGAGGCUCACGACCCGGACGUGGGUGUGAAUUCCCUGCAGAGCUACGCGCUGAGCGGCGACGAGCACUUCUCGCUGUCGGUGCAGGCGGGAGCCAACGGCGAGAAGCGUCCCGAGCUGGUGCUGGCCAAGGCGCUGGACCGGGAGGAGGCGGCGUUUCACGAGCUGCUGCUGAGGGCGAGCGACGGCGGCGAGCCGGCGCGGACGGGCACGGCGCGCAUCCGCGUGGCUGUGCUGGACGCCAACGACAACGCGCCCGCGUUCAGCCAGGCGGUGUACACGGUGCGAGUGCCCGAGGACGUGCCCGUGGGCUCCACGCUGCUCAGCGUCACCGCCACCGACCCUGACGACGGAACCAACGGAGACGUGAAGUAUUCGCUGAAUAAAAUUACUCAGAAAGCCUCGAAGAUAUUCCAUCUGGAGCAAGAUACUGGAGCGAUCAAGCUGGUGAGGAAUCUUGAUUUCGAGGAAUGGAACUCGUAUGAAUUGGAGUUACAGAACCGGGAAAAAAGGAAUGCAAGAGAAUAUUACGAAAUUGCUGAGGGAGUGCAACGUGCGGCGGUUGUGAGGUGGCGGCGGUUCCUGCGGCAGAGGCAGCGGCGGCGGUCGGUGGAGCCGUGCGUGCAGUGCCGGGCGUUGGCUGCGGGCGCCGCUGUUCACCGUGGAGGAGAGGAAGGAGCCGAGCGCUGCAGGCAGCCCCGCCCGCUGCGGCCCGGCUCGCUCGCUCGCUCUGUCUCUGUGUCGCCGUCCGGGCGGGCUGCGAGCGGCCCCGCGGUGCAGAGCGGUGCUGCAGUGAGGCGGAGGGGCGGCGGGAGAGGUGUCGGCGGAGCCGUGCGGGAGAUGUGCUUGGCGAGAGAAGGGCGCUGGGGCCGGAGGCAGCGGGCGCUGCUGUGCUGCGUGUUGGUGGCGGCGUGGGAGGCGGCGUGGGGGCAGCUGCGCUACUCGGUGCCCGAGGAGCUGCCCAAGGGCUCGUUCGUGGGCGACGUGGCCAAGGACCUGGCGCUGGAGUUGUCGGCGCUGGGCGCCCGCGGCGCCCGAGUGGUGUCCCAAGGCAGGGCGCAGUAUUUCGCUCUGCAUGCGAGCAGCGGCCACUUGGUGACGGCCGAGAGGAUCGACAGGGAGCAGCUGUGCGAGAGCAAACCACAAUGCGUGCUGCGCUGUGAGCUGAUCGUGGAGGGCGAGAUGAAGGUUUAUGCAAUCGAAGUGGAAAUCACGGACAUCAACGACAACGCGCCGAGUUUCAAAGAGUUGCAGGUGGAGGAGAGAAUGAAUGAGAUGACAGCCCCUGGAACACGAUUUCCCCUGAGUAAAGCCUACGACCCGGACGUGGGUGUGAAUUCCCUGCAGAGCUACGAGCUGAGCGGCGACGAGCACUUCUCGCUGUCGGUGCAGGCGGGAGCCGACGGCGAGAAGCGUCCCGAGCUGGUGCUGGCCAAGGCGCUGGACCGGGAGGAGGCGGCGUUUCACGAGCUGCUGCUGAGGGCGAGCGACGGCGGCGAGCCGGCGCGGACGGGCACGGCGCGCAUCCGCGUGGCUGUGCUGGACGCCAACGACAACGCGCCCGCGUUCAGCCAGGCGGUGUACACGGUGCGAGUGCCCGAGGACGUGCCCGUGGGCUCCACGCUGCUCAGCGUCACCGCCACCGACCCUGACGACGGAACCAAUGGAGACGUGAAAUAUUCGAUAAAGAUUGCUACAGAAAUGGCACUGGAAAUCUUCCACCUGGAAACGGACACAGGAGCGAUCAGGCUGGUGACGAACCUGGAUUACGAGAAAGGAGACUCUUACGAGAUUCUCGUUCAGGCUCACGACGGCGGUGCCCUAUCGGACACGGCGAAGGUGUCGAUCUCG